ACAGUUACCGUUAACCUUUACCAAACACUGCGCAUCUCAAAUUCCACACAUUUCCCUAUACCUUUUUCUUUAUUCAAAUUCAAAACCCUUUCCUUUCAAUUCAAUUUGAAACCUUCAUUUCUCAAACAAAGGACUGGCUCUCAAGCAAGCUGACCAAACCCCAGAGUUCUAAAUCUGGUCCUCCGUUCUCAAACAACAAUGGGUGAGUUGAAGGAUCCUUUAGUUCAACGCCAAGCUUCAUGCAAUGCUCCGUAUGUUAAUCCUCUCAUUGACCUCAAACACAACCGCAGCUGCAGUGAAGGGAACCCUGCAUCAUUUUCAGACAACAAGGAAAAUGUUGUCUUUGGUGCUGGCAAAGAAAAUGCAGCUCCUUCAACAAAUAAUGGGUCUUCUUCUUCUGAAGCUGCUAAAAAGACUACUACCCAUUUGAAAUCGCUGUCCACUAUUGGUACUUUCGAUGCUUCCAAAGAAGUUACAAGUUACAAGUCUCUGUCCACAGGGAAGGUCUUGAAAGAAUCGUCCCUUCAGUUCUGUAUGCAAAUGAAUGAACCUGACAAGGCUUUUGGGUGCAAGUUAUGGGACCCCAUAGAUUCAGACAAUUCUGCUUCUUUGAAUAUUUGGGAUUACUCGGAUUCCGAAGCCGCCCCGGCUUCUUCUUGGUCUACAUUGCCCAAUAGGGCGCUGUUGUGCAGGCCGUUGCCACUGGACAUAGGAAGAUGUACUUGUGUUAUUGUGAAAGAACCCUUACCUGAUGGGUUCCAUGGCGGCACUCUGUUUUCACUUUAUACCAAUGAAGGUAAAGGACGACAGGAUCGGAAGCUAGCGGUGGCUUAUCACAAACGACGGAAUGGGAAAUCAGUGUUUGCCAUAGCUCAGACUACCAAAGGAAUACUGUCUAAUUCUGAUGAUAGUUGCGUUGGACUCAUGACAGCUAACCUUCUUGGAUCAAAAUACCAUAUAUGGAAUCAGAAUGGUCGAACCAUGUCAUCAAACAAACAAUCUAAUCCUCUCUUGGGUGUUGUAAGGUUCAUGCCAACCAUAGCGACAUGGACCGGGAGUUACCGAAGCAUGAAGGCAUAUAUACCUAAGCACCAAUCAAUGCAGCUCAAGAAUGUGGCUCAGAUGCAACACAUUAAUGGACUACCGAAGGACUGGGAGGAGAAAAUGGACAAAAUCCACAAGUUGUUCUCAAGGAUUCCUCGUUACAACAAAAUGUUGAAACAAUACGAAUUAGACUUCAGAGAAAGGGGAAGAGCUGCUGGACUCAGAAUACAAAGCUCAGUAAAGAAUUUUCAGCUGACAUUGGAGGAGAACGGAAGGCAAACAAUUCUUCAGCUUGGAAGAGUGGAUAGAUACAAGUAUGUUAUGGAUUUCAGGUAUCCACUAACAGGUUACCAAGCAUUUUGUAUAUGCUUGGCUUCAAUUGAUUCAAAGCUUUGUUGCACUAUGUAAUUGAAGAAUCCCCCAACAUUUUGUUCCUAGUUCAACCUCUGAACCGAAGUUUCUUUCCUAGUUAAAAAAAAAUUGACCAUUUUUUGUAAGAAAGUGACAAGCUAUGUAAACAAGCUUAGAUAAUGAUGCUUAAGGUUUUUAAGAAUCAUAGCUUGAAUCCUAAUUCUACGUACUCCAUUUAUUACUAAGGUAGCAUUUGGUGUUUUCACA